UAAGAUACAAUUAAUAAAUGAAUUAUAGUUGAAAACCAUGAUGUCUUUUUCAAUAUUUAGACUAUUUUCUUCCCAAUACACACAGAUAGACUAGUUGUAAAAUUGGCACAAUGCGAUCAAUAUAAGAUAAAUGAAUAUUGUUAAAUAGGAUUUAUGGGUAUGAGUAAAGAGAUUAAUGAUAUUGUUCUUGAUUAUUUUAUCAUAUAUUAUUUAUAAUAACAUAGACAGUUACUUUAAAUAAGGUGAAUAAUAAAAUAUUAAAUUAAUCGCACAAAAUCUACUCUGACGAUCAGUGAGGGGAGGGAGGACAAAAGAUAAAGUCACGAAGCUGAUAUAACCCUCAUUUCAUCCAUGGGAAUCAAUAUAUAUUUUGCUAAUUAGCCCAUAAAAGUGAAGAACGCAAAUUUGAAGCAUGCUGCACAACUUAAGCAUGAAGCGCUUAUUACUAUCGCACAAAAUAUAAAUUCAAGCACCACUUCCGUCCUGCAGAAGCGGGAGGAGGUAGCAUCUUUAUUAGAGUUGGUAAGUUGGGGCGAUUUUCAAAAUCUGAAGAGUCUCUGUUCGUACUGAGUGGAGAGCAAUGGAAGACGAUGCAGGGGAAAGAUCGAGCUUCGUUGUCGGUUUGAUCGAGAACAGAGCCAAGGAGGUUGGAGUGGCUGGCUUUGACUUGAGAUCAGCUUCACUCCAUCUUUCACAAUAUAUUGAAACUAGUAGUUCGUAUCAGAACACGAAGACGUUGUUGCAUUUCUAUGAUCCAAUGGUUAUUAUUGUUGCACCUAAUAAGCUAGCACCUGACAGUAUGGUUGGUGUCUCAAUACUGGUGGACAGAUACUUUCCAUCAACCAAGAAGGUCAUUAUGGCCCGUGGUUGCUUUGACGAUACUAAGGGUGCUGUGCUGGUAAAAAAUUUAGCGGCCAAGGAACUGUUAACACUUGGACUGGAUACUUACUACAAGCAGUAUUAUCUUUGCUUGGCUGCAGCUUCUGCAACAAUCAAGUGGACUGAAGCAGAGAAAGGAGUCAUCAUUACAAACCACUCAUUGUCGGUUACUUUCAAUGGAUCAUUUGACCACAUGAAUAUUGAUGCCACUAGUGUCCAGAAUUUGGAAAUCAUUGAGCCAUUCAAUUCAACUCUUUGGGGCACAAGAAACAAAAAGAGAAGUCUGUUCCAAAUGCUGAAGACAACAAGAACUGUUGGAGGGACUAGACUUCUCCGUGCCAAUCUUUUGCAGCCGCUGAAAGACAUUGAAACUAUCAGUGCUCGACUUGAUUGCCUGGAUGAAUUGAUGAGCAAUGAGCAACUGUUCUUUGGUCUCUCCCAGGUUCUCCGUAAGUUUCCAAAAGAAACUGAUCGGGUUCUUUGUCACUUCUGCUUCAAACCAAAGAAAGUUACAAAUGAGGUCUUGGGCAUUGAUAAUGCUAGGAAGAGCCAAAUUUUGAUUUCAAGCAUUAUUCUUCUUAAAACUGCUCUUGAUGCAUUGCCAUUACUCUCCAAGGUACUCAAGGAUGCAAACAGUUUUCUUCUUGGAAACAUUUACAGAUCUGUAUGUGAAAAUGAAAAAUAUGCGUUGAUAAGAAAAAGAAUAGGAGAGGUGAUUGAUGAAGAUGUUCUUCAUGCCCGGGUCCCUUUUGUUGCCCAGACACAGCAGUGCUUUGCUGUUAAAGCUGGAAUAGAUGGACUUCUUGAUAUUGCAAGGAGGUCUUUUUGUGAUAUCAGUGAAGCCAUACACAACCUUGCUAACAAAUAUCGUGAAGAUUUCAAGCUUCCAAAUUUGAAAAUCCCCUUCAACAAGAGGCAGGGGUUUUACUUUAGCAUUCCACAGAAGGACAUACAAGGAAAGCUUCCAAGCAAGUUCAUUCAGGUAAUGAAACAUGGGAACAAUAUCCAUUGUUCAACUUUGGAACUUGCUUCUUUAAAUGCAAGGAACAAGUCUGCAGCUGCUGAAUGCUAUAUAAGAACAGAACUUUGCCUGGAAGCACUUGUUGAUGCCAUAAGGGAGCAUGUAUCUCUGCUUAACCUGCUCUCUGAGGUUUUAUGCCUUCUAGAUAUGAUUGUGAAUUCAUUUGCUCACACAAUAUCCACUAAGCCUGUUGAUCAAUGCAUUAGACCUCAAUUUACAGAUAAUGGCCCGUUAGCAAUUGAUGCUGGAAGACACCCUAUCCUGGAAAGUAUACACAAUGAUUUUGUUCCCAACAAUGUCUUCCUUUCUGAAACAUCAAAUAUGAUAAUUGUCAUGGGCCCGAACAUGUGUGGAAAAAGUACUUAUCUUCAACAAGUUUGCUUGAUAGUCAUACUUGCUCAGAUCGGUUGUUAUAUCCCUGCCCGCUUUGCAACUCUAAGGAUGGUUGACCGUAUAUUUACAAGAAUGGGGACUGUCGACAAUCUUGAGUCAAACUCUAGCACGUUUAUGACAGAGAUGAAAGAGACAGCUUUUAUCAUGCAGAAUAUUUCCCAAAGGAGUCUGAUUGUAAUGGAUGAACUUGGGAGGGCCACUUCUUCCUCAGAUGGAUUCGCAAUUGCAUGGAGCUGCUGUGAACAUCUUUUAGCACUCAAAGCGUAUACCAUAUUUGCUACUCACAUGAAAAACUUAUCAGAGUUAGCUACCAUUUAUCCAAAUGUCAAAAUUCUUCACUUUCAUGUUGAGACCACAAACAGUCGCUUGGAUUUCAAGUUUCAACUCAAGGAUGGUCCACGACAUGUACCGCACUAUGGGCUUCUGUUAGCAGGAGUGGCUGGGUUGCCUAGUUCAGUCAUCAUAACAGCCAAAAGCAUCACAGCAAGGAUAACAGAAAAGGAAGAGAAGAGAAUGGAAGUGAACUGCCAGCAGUAUCAUGACAUCCAGAAGGUUUAUCGUGCCGCUCAACGGCUCAUAUGCUUAAAAUUCUCCAGCCAAGACGAAGACACAAUCCGAGAAGCACUGCAGAACCUCAAAGAUUGCUACAUAAAUGGAAGCCUCCUCUAGAUAGUCAUGUUGUCAGUCAUCGACCAAUACUCUUAUUAUGGUUUAUGGAUAUGUUUCUCAAAGGAAGGGAGAACCGUUCCUUUACCAUUUGGCAAACUGCAUGUGCGUGUCCAAACCUACACUUGAAAUGCAAGCACCAUUCUAAACAAGGCUAGCAUAGAACCCGUAUAGCAUAGAUUGCUUUGUUAUUAAAUAGAUAACCCAUUUUCUUUUCUUUCUUUUCUUUUUUUUUAUUUCUCUUAAAAUCUUCUACCUUUCAUUAUUGCAUAGAUACCAUAUUCUUACUGAAACUCGAGGGGAAACAAAUCUCUUUAAAUAAUAACAUAGAUAU